UCUGUUCUAACAGGACCUCCGUGAACGGCCAUCGCCGUUUCCUUCACAACCUGCAUCUCGUCUUCAAUGGCCGUCUCCACUUCUUCGGAUUGGCCUUUAACUGCCUUUAACAACUCAUCUCGGCGGCAGAAGCUUCAAUCUCCUUUCCCAGUUCGAAGCCGGCUCUUUAAGACACUCCCCUCCCUGCCCUUCCCUUGUCCAAAGCUUGUGGCCAAUCUCCAUGCAACGUCGUCGGACUGCCCUUCUUCGGUCCUCGAGGAACCGUCUAGCCUCGUCCCGUUGGUGGAAUUCAAAGACCAACUGCCUGGCUCCGCAACUUUGAAUGCUUUCCUUCGCGGGUUGUUUGAAACUCCCGAGACCGAGGAGCUUGCAUUUGAGUGCUACAAGAAGGCUAAAGCUCGGCGUGAUUUUAAGCCUGAGGGAUCCACAGUGGACCUCGUGGCUGAGUAUCUUAUGCGGGCAAAGAAAUGGGAAUCAGUUUCAGCUCUUUCCGAUGACUUUAAGGUCUACGACUUAUUGCCUGGUGCUGUCACCUGUGCUAGGCUGAUUAGCAGCUGUGUUGAGGCUAGGAAGUUCAGAGUCGUGGAGGGCUUGCUGAAAGUGUUCGUAUUGAAUCGGGAGGUUCCUGUUUUAGCAUUUGCUGCUGCAAUGAGAGAGUACAAUAGGCUUCACAUGUUUAGCAGCACGAUUCUCGUGUUUGAACGAAUGCAGUCAUCCAUUAAUCCCAACUUGGUGGACCCUGCAUGCUAUUUUCGGGCAAUGGAGGCUCACACGAAGAUUGGGAAUACGAUGGAAGUUAUCAAACUGUUUGAAGAGUUUAAGAGCAAGGAGUUUGGGAAGGCCCCGUUUUCGGGUCAGAUAUUGGGUUUGGUCUGCGAGUCAUUGUGCAAAGCAGGUCGAGUCUCCGAAGCCCUGCAGCUGUUUCAGGAUAUGAGAGUCAAUGGGAUUGUUAUUGAUACGCCUGCCUCGGUUUAUUCUUCCCUAGUUUCUUCUCUCUCAAAUGCCGGGGAAGUAAAAUUAGCAGAGGAGCUCCUCACGGAAGCAGAGAGGCAGGGGAAGGUCCUGCGAGACCCGGACAUGUACCUGAAACUUGUGCUGAUGUAUGUGGAAGAAGGGAUGCUCGAGAAGACCCUCGAAGUUGUGGAAGCGAUGAGGGGCCCGAAAAAGCUGAGGGUCUCAGAUUGCAUAUUUUGCGCGAUAGUGAAUGGGUUCUCGAAGAAGAGAGGUUACCGUUCCGCUGCUCAAAUCUACGAGAAGUUAGUCUCCUUGGGUUGUGAACCGGGACAGGUUACUUAUGCAUCAGCUAUCAAUGCUUAUGCUCGGAUUGGGCUCCAUUCGAAGGCCGAGGAGAUCUUCUCUGAGAUGGAGACAAAGGGUUUCGAUAAAUGCCUCGUGGCUUAUUCGAAUAUGAUCUCGAUUUACGGGAAGACAGGAAGGUUGGGAGAGGCGAUGAGGCUCCUAGGGAAGAUGAAGGCUAAAGGGAUUCGACCGAACGUGUGGGUAUAUAAUUCCUUGUUGGACAUGCACGGUAGGGUGCGGAAUCUGAAGCGAGUCGAGAAGCUAUGGAAGGAGAUGGAGCGGAGUAGGGUGGUUCCUGAUAGGGUGAGCUACACAAGCCUAAUAGGCGCUUAUAACCGAGCUCACCAGUUUGAGAGCUGCAUUGAGUUCUAUCAUGAGUACAGGGCCGGCGGAGGCGGGAUUGAUCGGGCAAUGGGCGGGAUCAUGGUUGGUGUCUUCUCGAAGAGCGGAAGGGUCGAUGAGUUGGUGAAGCUGUUGAGUGAUAUGAAGACGGGGGGAACGGGACUCGAUGGGAGGCUCUAUAGGACAGCUCUGAAUGCUUUGAGGGAUGCAGGGCUCCAGAGCCAGGCAAAGUGGUUGCAAGGAAGCUUCGAGGCGAUAUCUUAGGUCCGAUGUUUAGGUUCAAAUGCUCCUUUCUUCUGUAAUUACAGUAUACUCUAGUCGGAGAGAUUCCGGUUUUCAUCGAACGUCUCAAAAGAGACCACCGUAAGUAACAAUCGUUUAAUGUCACGGAAAAAAUUGAACUAAAAGGAACUGAAAGAUUGUCAGUUCCUUCUUGCCCUUCUGAUGAGUAUGACCCGAUUUUGGUC